AUGCUUAAGCGAGAUAUGCCAUUGAGUGAAGUAGAAGGUUUGGGUGUAAGUCUUGAAGAGAGCGAACGGAAGCUAAAGGAAUUUGGAAAUUUGCAUGAUGCUCCAAUCAGUAAUGUAUCGAAUUGGAAGGCAGAUGGCAAUAAAGGGAAACCAAAACUUCAAUCAGGUAUUUCUAGAGAUGUACGACCAUUUCACCAUCCAGUUGGUCGUUUCUCGAUACCGGUCCACAGAAUGAAUAAGCGGUCCGACCCGGUAUGUUUUGCUUGUGGUAAACGAGGUCACGUCAAAGGAGCUGACAUAUGUCCGGCACGAGCUGCUACGUGUUUGAAGUGUAGAGGACCAGGGCAUUUCGCUAGACAAUGUCUAAAACGUGCGAACAAUGAAGUUAGAGCAGAAGCAGCACCAAAACGUAUUCGAGCUAUUCAUGAGGAUGUUGAACAGGAAAAUGAUGAAAAAUACAUUUUCUAUGCGAUGGGAAAGAACACAUUUUUGUUCAAAGUCGGUGGCAUAAAUAUACCGAUGAUCAUUGAUUCGGGAGCAGCGGCCAACAUCAUUAGUCAGAAAACGUGGAAUCAUAUGAAACAAAUGAAAGUUUCUGUUUGGGAUAUGUCUACUGAGGCGGACAAAAACUUCACGUGCUAUGCAUCAAACGUACCCAUGGAGAUAACGGGAACGUUUAUGGCAACAGAUGGCCAACAGUGCCUUUUGGGAGAACAGACGGCUAAAUCGCUGCAGGUUUUGAAGGUUGGAUUCGACGUUGGAAAUGUUUCCCAAACAUCUCAUGAGAUUCCGAAUAUUAAAGGAGUCACUGUAGAAAUUCCAAUUAAUGAAUCUAUCCAGCCUGUUCAACAAGCAUUCCGACGUGCUCCAUACGCUCUAGAAGACAAAGUAAACGAGAAACUUGAAACAUUGCUUGUACAAGGAAUCAUAGAACGGGUUUCUGGACCAUCACCUUGGGUUUCACCAAUGGUUCCGGUUUUAAAGGAGUCAGGCGAUAUUCGACUGUGCAUUGACAUGCGUCGAGCAAAUCAGGCUGUAAUACGGGAGACACAUCCACUUCCUUUAGUAGACGAAUUACUCGGAUCGGUAAAUGGUGCUACGACUUUUUCUAAAGUGGACAUCAAAGAUGCGUAUCACCAAUUGGAAAUUUCGGAAAGAUCUCGUCCCAUUACCACAUUCAUUACAAAAAGCGGCUUGUUCAGAUAUAAAAGGCUAAUGUUUGGUGUGAGCUGUGCCCCAGAGAUUUUCCAGAAAACGAUGGAGAUGAUUCUGGCGGGUCUAGAAGGGAUCAUAGUGUAUCUGGAUGAUAUAGUUGUGUUUGGAUCUUCAAAACAAGAACACGAUAAUCGAUUACAAACCCUCCUCAAGCGUUUGGAGGAAUACGGAGUUUUAUUGAAUCAUCAGAAAUGCAUAUAUGGAGUAAGCGAGUUGGAAUUUUUGGGUCACGUCUUGAGUAAAAAAGGAGUAAGUCCCACAGAAAGUCGCAUGAAAGCUAUACAAAGUUUUAGGGAACCGAGGACAGUCGCUGAAUUAAGAAGUUUUCUUGGCCUUAUUACCUACGUCGGUCGCUUCAUUCCACAUCUCGCUUCGAAAACGGCACCUCUACGAUCUCUUCUUCGAACUGGUUCGGUGUUUAAAUGGCAAAAUCAACAACAUAGGGCUUUUGAAUCAAUCAAGGAGGCAGUUAGCGAUAUUAGCUAUUUAGGAUUUUUUGAUAAGAAAGACAAAACUAAGCUGAUUGUUGAUGCAAGUCCUGAAGGGUUAGGAGCUGUUCUGCUACAAGUAAAUGAGGACGGACAACACAGAAUUAUAGCUUUUGUAAGUAAAGCACUUACUGAAUUAGAACAGAAAUAUUUUCAAACCGAACGUGAGGCUUUAGCCAUAGUAUGGGGUGUAGAGAGGUUCAGCUUAUACUUGCUGGGAACCAAAUUUCAACUUAUAACUGACUGUAAGGCCCUGAAAUUCUUAUUCAACGCUCGAUCUAGACCGUGCCCAAGGAUUGAACGUUGGGUAUUGCGAAUUCAAUCAUUCAAUUAUGAAAUUAUUUACGAACCUGGAGCAACGAAUCUGGCAGAUGCGCUAUCCCGGCUAUCUGUCGCAACAGCUAAACCAUUCGACAAAUCAGUGGAAUCCUACAUUCAUCAACUAGUUGAUUUUGCAGUUCCUGAAGCUGUGACUCUGGACAAAGUUACCGCAGAAACAAAGGAGGACGCGACGUUGCAAGAUGUAAUAAGAGCCUUACAGACUGGCUGCUGGACAGAGACGACUAAAGGUUUCAAUUUUUUCAAAACAGAAUUACACGCAGCCAAAGGGGUGUUAAUGAGAGACGAUCGCCUAGUUAUUCCCGAGAAACUACGUCAACAAGUGCUAACCUGUGCUCAUGAAGGCCAUCCGGGAAUGAGUGUUAUGAAACGUCGUCUUAGACAAAAAGUUUGGUGGCCAAAGAUGGACGAACAGGUGGAAAAGUUCGUAAAGAGCUGCGGUUCAUGUACGCUAGUUUCCGCUAUCAGUCCUCCUGAACCAAUGCUCAGGACCAAGAUGUCAGACAAGCCCUGGUCAGAUGUAGCCAUUGAUUUCUUGGGACCAUUACCAUCAGGACAUUAUCUUCUUGUUUUAGUAGACUAUUUUAGUCGAUUCACUGAAGUAAUCAUAAUGAAACAAACAACUACAGACCUUACUGUGCAAGCUCUGUUCGAGACAUUUAGUCGUUUUGGGGUGCCCGAAACCUUACGAUCUGAUAAUGGACCACAGUUCAUAAGUGAACCAUUCAAAGCAUUUUGCCAGGAGUUCGGUAUAGAGCAUCAGAAGACAAUACCAUAUUGGCCACAGGCCAAUGGUGAAGUGGAACGCAUGAAUAACACCAUUCUAAAACGUCUCCGUAUAAGCCAGGAGGAGAAUCGUUCAAAGUGGAAAUGGGAUUUACGAAGCUUCUUGCUGAUGUACAACUCGACGCCACAUUCGACAUCAGGUAUUGCGCCAUCGGCUCUUAUGUUUGGCAGAGUAUUGCGAGAUAAAUUGCCAAGUGUCCACAGUCGAUUAGGACGUUUAACGGAAGCUAUCCAAGAUCAAGAUUGGGAAAGAAAAAUUAGAACAGCUGGAGUGACAGACAUCCGAAGGCAGGCAAGAUCAAGCGAUCUUGUAGAAGGUGAUAUUGUGGUGGCUUGA